UACGUUUCUACUUUCACUUUCGGUUUCAGCAGCACAAAAAAUACACAGAGAUUUAGUCAGUAUAUUUUUGUAGCUUUUAACCUGAAGGAGAUAUUUACAAACUUUUGCAGCAAAAGUUAGCAUGAGAUUCUUUCAAAACAAGUUCCCCGAUUACCAGGAAGGUGGUAAGGUUGAAAUAGACCCCUCAAAAUGGGUUCCCCAAAUUUACUCAAUUGUAGAAUCCAUACAAGAGGGCAUGCCCCCUGUCUUUGACAACUGUGAUGGCGGCAUUUAUGUCGGAAAUUCAGGUAUAGCGUACAUGUUUUACUACAUUGCACAAAAUGAUGCAUUCAAGGACAAGCGUUCUUCAUUCUUGGAACAAGCUGUAUUGUAUGCCAAUAUGGCAAAUAGUUCAAACUAUGGCCAGGAUAAAGCAUCAUUCAUCUUAGGAGCUGCUGGAGUGCAUACCGUCACAAGUCUAGUUUAUGAUGCCAUAGGGUCACCACAGAUUGCAGGAAAAUGCUUGGAGGAAUUUGCAGAACUCUCGAAAAUUUGUUCACCAAUAAAUUUUCUGAGGUGUGGUUCAGAUGAGUUGUUUGUGGGCAGAGCUGGUUACUUGUGUGGCGUUCUCAAUCUGCGACAGAAACUUAAAAACCAGACUGUACCAGAUGAUGUAGUUAACCAGCUGUGUUCCGUAACAGUGGCAUCUGGUCAGCAAUACAGGGGCAAAAAUCCAUCUGUGCCACUGAUGUAUUCUUACUACGACACAGAAUAUUUAGGUGCUGCUCAUGGUGUCUCCUCCAUCCUGCAGAUGUUGAUCAGUUUCCCCAGCUUUGUGAAGUCCAGCCAUGAGACAGAAGCCCUGUUGCGGUCCGCAGUAGACUUCAUGCUAUCCCUAGAGCAGGAGAACUUCAACUACCCACCUGCAAUGGAUGAGGUAAAAAGGCGGCGACCCGAUAAGGAAGAGCUUGUGCACUGGUGCCAUGGAGCCCCUGGUGUAGUGUAUCUGUUUGCGCGAGCCUACAAGGUCUGGGGUGACCAGAAGUAUCUUGAUGUUAGCCUGCGCUGUGGGGAACUGACCUGGCAGAGGGGCCUGCUGAAAAAGGGGCCAGGGAUCUGUCAUGGGGUGGCAGGCAGCGGAUAUGUCUUCCUGCUGCUAUACAGAUUAACAGGGGAUCAAAAGCAUCUGCAUCGAGCCCUGAAGUUUGCCGAGUUCCUGUUUAUGCCCGAGUUCCAACAAGCGCGAAUCCCUGACAGUCCAUACUCGCUGUAUGAGGGAUGGGCUGGAACAGUGUGUUUUCUGGCCGAUCUACUCCAGCCAGAGAAAGCAGAAUUCCCGUUCUUCAAUGUUUUCAUGGAGUGAGGCACAAAUGGAACUGUUUUUUGGACAUGUUUGAUUGGUUUAGUGUUUUCUUGUAGAAAGGCACGAAUAUAACUGUUUUUGAAGGUUUUUGAUUGGUUUUAGGUUUUCUUGGAGUGAGGAACCAUUGAAACUGUUUUUGGGAGGCUUUUAAAUUGGUUUUGGAGAUGAUUUUAUAAUCCAUAAUUGUCCAAUUCUUACAGUUCUGUAGCUCUCAUGCUUUUCGAAAUAAAGUGAAAAGGCCUUUAGACUAGCUUGCAUGACUUUACUCUUUGUAGAAUUAAAAUUAUCUACAAAAAAGGGCAACAUUUUAAAUAAAUCAUGACAAUGAAAACAAGAUCAGACAGAUUUAGAAACAAAAAUUAACAAACCAUAAUCAACAUGUGUAUCAGUACACUGAUUUUUCAGAUAAUGUUAAGUACUGCUUUCAAUACCUUUGAUCGUGCUGUUGUGUUUUUAUUGUAUUUCUGUAUUUAUUGUAAAAACAUGGUUGUAUGAACGUUGUAUAUAACUUCGGGAUAGGCAUUUUCAUUGUUGGUAACAAGAUCUGUAACUGUUGUAGCUGUAGCUGUUGUUAGCUCCCUUUGACCAAAACUACUGAGGUAGUCAGUUAUUUGUUUAGUAUAUGAGUAUCACUCUGGGGAAAUGGAGCAUAUCGCAUGUAUUAAAGGAAAUCUCUUCUUAACGAAACAUCCACGAUUUGUGGAAAGUGUUAUUCCUGAUUAGCCUGUGCAGACUGAAUUAAACCCUGUUUUCACGGAGCAAGGCUCAUUU